GAGUGACUAAGUCUUGGGAGCGGCACUUACGCUGGAGCCGCGGAUCUUGCAACACAGUUACCAACCAGGGAGACUAAAUCUCACAAGUACUCACUCUGACUGUUUGUUUGCAGUGACGCUAAUUUACAGCGCGCUACAUGUCUGCCUGCUUUGGACAAUGCGCCCGCGAACCUUUCUCCCGUGUCAAAAACAAAAUCUCCGACACACUUAGGUAUGGAAUCCGGAACUGAGUUUACGAACCGAGCACAAAGGGUGUGCACAAACAAUGAAUCCAUGAUUGAGUAUUUCGUCUAUGCUCUUCUUCCCCCUCAUCACCGUCAUGUCUCCUCCUCCUCCUGCCAUCACCAAGCAGACUGUGCUAACCGGGUUCACGACCCCAACCGAUACCACAAAUGUUUUAAAGCAGCUCCGAGCUACUGCCGCACUGGCAGUGAAGAAGCAACAGGAGGCAGAGGAGGCGAGCCGUCGCGCUGCGGAGGACCUCCAGCGCGCCGAGGAAGAGGCAAAGGCAAAGGCCGAAGAAGAGGCAAAAGCAAAGGCCGAGGAAGAGAGUCAGAGGAGGGCAGUAGAGAAGAAGUUAGCAGAAGUAGACAAGAAGAAGACUGGAGCGGGACGCGCGCGCCGAUGUACGGAAUGCGCCAAGGCCAGGUUCGACGCGCCUUGUACAUUCUCGACGCCAAGUAGCUCUAUCACUAGUUGCGACCGCUGCAGGCGCCGAAAGACUGCCUGCAUGUUCCCUGGAGAGGCGGAGAAGUCAAAGCAGAAGAAGAGGACGAUGGAUGAGGCAGAGUCCCCUCGUAGAGGCAAGGGCAAGAAGAAGAGUCGCUAUCAAAGCCCGAGCCCAAGCCCGAUAGAGAUUGAGGAAGAAGCGGACGAGAUAGCCCCAGCGGCAGCCACCCUGCAGAGGCUGGCAAACAAAAUAGGGCAGCUUACUGAAUUGAUAGGUCAUGUCAAUAAUGCAAUGGCGGAGGGGUUCGCCGCGCACCGGAAGGAGCUGCACCGAAUGGUUACUGCGCUGGACCUCCUUCUGGAGUACCGGGAGGAGUCGGCCACAAACAAGUCGAUUAAACAUGAAUAAAUAUUAACUUACAGGUGCUCUAAAUAAGUUAUGACACGGAGUACUAAAUAUCAAAUACUAGCCAUCUAUGCAACAUCUAUGUGCCACUGCAUUCACAGUCUAAAACACCGUCUCAGUCGAUACUAUUCCCGCACUGCAAUAGAAUUGUCGCUAGCACGCCAAGCUCCAAUAGCCC